AUCGGACUGUAGCCGGUACCGGCACCGGAGCGCGCCGGGUCCUCGCCGGGUCCCAGCCCCGCGCGUCGGCCCAGCCCAGCCGGGACCCCCCGCGACAUGCGCGUCCCAGCCCUGCGCUGAGCAGGCGGCAAUGUGGGGACUCGGGGCCCGGGGCCCCGACCGGGGGCUGCUGCUGGCGCUGGCGCUGGGCGGGCUGGCGCGGGCCGGGGGCGUCGAGGUGGAGCCCGGCGGCGCGCACGGCGAGAGCGGGGGCUUCCAGGUGGUCACCUUCGAGUGGGCCCACGUGCAGGAUCCCUACGUCAUCGCGCUCUGGAUCCUCGUGGCCAGCUUGGCCAAGAUCGGGUUCCACCUGUCCCACAAGGUCACCAGCGUGGUUCCCGAGAGCGCCCUGCUCAUCGUGCUGGGCCUGGUGCUGGGCGGCAUCGUCUGGGCGGCCGACCACAUCGCGUCCUUCACACUGACGCCCACCGUCUUCUUCUUCUACCUGCUGCCCCCAAUCGUGCUGGAUGCCGGCUACUUCAUGCCCAACCGCCUCUUCUUCGGCAACCUGGGGACCAUCCUGUUGUACGCCGUCGUGGGCACCGUGUGGAACGCGGCCACCACCGGGCUGUCCCUCUACGGCGUCUUCCUCAGUGGGCUCAUGGGCGACCUGCAGAUUGGGCUGCUGGACUUCCUCCUGUUUGGCAGCCUCAUUGCUGCUGUGGACCCGGUGGCCGUCCUGGCCGUGUUUGAGGAGGUGCAUGUCAACGAGGUCCUGUUCAUCAUCGUCUUCGGGGAGUCGCUGCUGAACGACGCAGUCACCGUGGUUCUGUACAAUGUGUUUGAAUCUUUCGUGGCGCUGGGAGGUGACAAUGUGACCGGCGUGGACUGCGUGAAGGGCAUAGUGUCCUUCUUCGUGGUGAGCCUGGGGGGCACGCUGGUGGGGGUGGUCUUCGCCUUCCUGCUGUCGCUGGUGACGCGCUUCACCAAGCAUGUGCGUAUCAUCGAGCCCGGCUUCGUCUUCAUCAUCUCCUACCUGUCCUACCUGACGUCCGAGAUGCUGUCGCUGUCGGCCAUCCUCGCCAUCACCUUCUGUGGCAUCUGCUGUCAGAAGUACGUGAAGGCCAACAUCUCGGAGCAGUCGGCCACCACCGUGCGCUACACCAUGAAGAUGCUGGCCAGCAGCGCCGAGACCAUCAUCUUCAUGUUCCUGGGUAUCUCGGCCGUGAACCCGUUCAUCUGGACCUGGAACACGGCCUUCGUGCUCCUGACGCUGGUCUUCAUCUCCGUGUACCGGGCCAUCGGUGUGGUCCUGCAGACCUGGCUUCUGAACCGCUACCGCAUGGUGCAGCUGGAGCCCAUUGACCAGGUGGUCCUGUCCUACGGGGGCCUGCGCGGGGCCGUGGCCUUUGCCCUGGUGGUGCUUCUGGACGGAGACAAGGUCAAGGAGAAGAACCUGUUCGUCAGCACCACCAUCAUCGUAGUGUUCUUCACCGUCAUCUUCCAGGGCCUGACCAUCAAGCCCCUGGUGCAGUGGCUGAAGGUGAAGAGGAGUGAGCACCGGGAACCUCGGCUCAACGAGAAGCUGCACGGCCGCGCUUUCGACCACAUCCUCUCGGCCAUCGAGGACAUAUCUGGACAGAUCGGGCACAAUUAUCUCAGAGACAAGUGGUCCCACUUCGACAGGAAGUUCCUCAGCAGGGUCCUCAUGAGGCGGUCGGCCCAGAAGUCUCGAGACCGGAUCCUGAAUGUCUUCCACGAGCUGAACCUGAAGGAUGCCAUCAGCUACGUGGCUGAGGGAGAGCGCCGCGGGUCCCUGGCCUUCAUCCGCUCCCCCAGCACCGACAACGUGGUCAACGUGGACUUCACGCCACGAUCGUCCACCGUGGAGGCCUCUGUCUCCUACCUCCUGAGAGAAAACGUCAGCGCUGUCUGCCUAGACAUGCAGUCUCUGGAGCAGCGACGGCGGAGCAUCCGGGACGCAGAGGACAUGGUCACGCACCACACGCUCCAGCAGUACCUGUACAAGCCGCGGCAGGAGUACAAGCAUCUGUACAGCCGACACGAGCUCACGCCCACGGAGGAUGAGAAACAGGACCGGGAAAUCUUCCACAGGACCAUGCGGAAGCGCCUGGAGUCCUUCAAGUCGACCAAGCUGGGGCUCAACCAGAACAAGAAGGCAGCCAAGCUGUACAAGCGGGAGCGUGCCCAGAAGCGGAGAAACAGCAGCAUCCCCAAUGGGAAGCUGCCCAUGGAGAGCCCUGUGCAGAAUUUCACCAUCAAGGAGAAAGACUUGGAACUCUCAGACACCGAGGAGCCCCCCAACUAUGAUGAGAUGAGUGGGGGAAUCGAGUUCCUGGCCAGUGUCACCAAGGACACAGCGUCCGACUCCCCUGCAGGUGACACCGGCUCCGACACGCCGCUAACCGGACGCUCGUCCCCGCGCCACGGUCCGCCCACCGCCGCCGCCGCUGCCGCCGCUGUCCCAGAGAAACCCCAGAUCCCCGCGCGGCUACAGCGACCGCGAGCCCCGAGCCCCGCCUCACCCACGCCAGCGCCUGCGCAGAACUCCGAGAGUGCCGCGCCUGCGCCCGCAGAGCCGCCCGAGGGCGAGCCGGGGGCGGGGCCUGCACCGGGGGCGGGGCCGGAGCGCCGGGGACUACCGAGUGCGCACGCGCGUUCGGCGGCGGCGCGCCGCGUGCAUAGCCGGCGCUCGUUCCAGCGGCCUCGCGCGCGCCGCCGCCCCGCGCUGCUGAAGCUGGCGUCGCUUCCGCCCUCGUGCCACGCACCGCCGCACGCGCUGGAGCAGGAGGAGACGCCGCUGUGACGCCGCCGGCGGGAAGGGUCCGCGCGCCUUGGCUGGCCGCUGGCGCCCUUUCCCACCGCUGCCGGGAAACCGAGGCUCGCCCCAAACGGAUUUGCGUGAAACCAGCCCAAGGUUCCGGGCCCCCCAUCCCGAGCCCCGCGCCCGGGGACUGACUCGGGGACCGACUCAGGGCCCGACCUGCAGCGGCUGCAGGCCCAGCGCCCGCAAGCGGCCCGGGCCGAGCGCCGUUUCCAGGCCCUCGCCAUGUCCUUUGGACUGCAGGUAAAGUGGCAGGAACGUCUUCCGUCUGCUCAGCGUUUGGGGAUUUAGACUCCUAAAGCCAGUACCUGCCCCGUUUCCCCCCCCAGGUUCCGUCCUGCCCGCGCCCGGUCUCAGGUUGGCGGCCCCGGACACGGCCCGUCCCCACAGACGAGGUCUCCGGCCUGAGUUGUCGCACCUGGCGCGGAGGUCGCCCGGUGUGCCCUGGCUGGGUGAGAGGUGGCCUGGUGGGCGGAGCUUGCCAAGAAUCACGGCCAGUCCUUAAGUGGAUGGUGGGGCCCAGCAGCUGCUCUGUCCCCCUUAACAAACCAGGGGGCAUGGAGGGGCCCAGGGCACCGCCCCUCCUACCAGGCUCAGGCCCUUCAAGGAGAACCUGCUGAGACCCCUGGGCCUGUCCUAGACCCCGGACCCCUGACCCUUCCCACUCCUUCCAGCGUCCCAGGGUGAGGCCUUGGACAGAGCUCCUGGUCCUCUGCAGGGAGACCAUCCAGCCCAAGCUCUGGGAGGCACAGUCCAUUGAGUGGGCAGAGGCCGCGGGUGCUGAGCCGGGGAGGGUGCUCGGAGUCCAUCCAUCCCUCAGACGGCAAGUCCCACAGAAUCCAACCCACCUGAAACCUGCCGGCAUGGUGGAGGUGGACACUCCUAGGGGCUUUUCUAAAGCUAGACUCGCAGCUCCUUGCUCAGGAAAAUUAAACUAUUCACGUUUCAGAUCAAGUGUUGACAGUCACCAGUCAGGAGUUCUUAAAAGAGUUUUAUGUUGACUGAAUAUCGCACAUUGAGUCCCCAUUGAGUCCCUGGUGGGAAAAGUCCACAAUUUCCCAUUGAUAGCUUUUUACUGUUGUGAAAAAGGGAAGCGUCAGCCACACAAAAGCCUCCAUGACCGCUGCUUUGGAGAAGCUCUCGACCCUAACUGCAGUCACUGUUACUUGGAUCAGAUCAAGCGCAAUGACUUUUUGGGAUUCAGUGGUCAUUCUCCACACUUCGUAGCCAUUUCAACCAACUCUGAGCACAAAAUGCAGCCAUCCUCUAUGCAGCAAGCACUGCCCAGUCAGUGACCCUACUGGACAGAUCCAAGGCCAGCCCUGGUUCCCUGCUGCAGCCACCGUCCUGACGUUCAUCGGAGCAGGCCGGGGCCUGGCCUUCCCGGCACAAGUGGCUGUUCUGACAGGCCCCCAGUUUGUCCCAUCUGAACUGCUGGGAGGUUUCUGGGUGGCCAGAGGAGCAAAGCUGCCUUCCAAGUGCCUGUCUGUGCCUGGGAGAACAGAGCAGGAGCGUCGUGCGGCCCACAGUGCAGCGCAUGGCGAUUCCAGGCGCUGAACAACUCCCCUGGACCCUUGGGCCUGCAUCUGACUCCCGGCUGCAGAGUCAGAAGCUGAGUCCAGGCAACUGCUUGGCCACUCCCGAUCGCUCCUCCCUGGACACCCGGUUACCAAAGUCAGCAAAGAAGAUGCGGUAAUCGCCGCCUGAUCUCCACAUGGUGAACACAACACUCUCACCAACAUCUCCUUGACUGGUCAGUCUUCAGCACCGGGGGUGGGCAGGCAGGUGUUCUGUGUUUACGAGAAUUGCACAGGCUAAACACAAACAUGGAACCAGAGUUCCAGUGAGAACACCUCACUCACAGCAGCCCAGGCUGCUCCCUACCAGGUGAUGGAGCGCGCCCGGGCUGUGGGUGCCGGGGGCUGAGUGCUAGGGACUCGUCAUGAGUGGGGAUCCCCACGUUCCUGUCACUGCUGUCAAACAGAAGGUAAACAGUCUUAUGAAUGUAUUUCCUUAGGAAAACUUGUAAAAACUUUUAUUAGGAUAUCUAUUUAAUACUGAACUUUGGCCUACUUUGUGAUAGACUAUAAACAAAUUGAGGAAAUCACUAUUUCUCACUUCUGUAUUUUCUCAAAAAUAAUUUUGUUACAGAGUUCAAUAUACUGUGUACCAUUGAUCUGCUAUUGUGAAAGCAAAGAAUUUCAUCAAAAUAUUUUAAAUUAUGAGUGAAAAUUGUGUAUGUUAAUUUUGCAGCUAUAAUAUUAAUCAAACUUUGUGUAAUUCUAAUCACAAAAUGACGUGCCUUAAGUGCCCCUCCAGCUGUGGGUUGGCAGUGUCCAGACAGGGAGGGCCCAUCACCGAAAUCCUGAACGAUUACUAGACCAAUUCUAUUAAAAACAUUUCAAGGCAUUUUGGGUGCAAACUUUGUUUAUAAAAGAGAAAUCAUCCACCUAUGAGAAUUUAAGGAGACGUCUCCUGCAGGCAGACACCGCUUUGCCCAAAAAUUAGCACUGACACAUGCGUGUGUGCGCGUUGUGUGCAUGUGUGCGUGCAUGUGCUGCUGCUGCCCUUCCUAGCUGGUGUGAGAAAGCCACUGGACACAGCUGUGGCGCAACCCCUGGAUCUGAGCACAGCCCCUCCGGUGCAGACAGAUGGGGUCAUAGCCCCCUGGGGAGGCCUGUCAUUGCAGGCACCCCUGAGGAGGAUGUGACCAGUGACCGUGGGUCCCAGCGGUGACCCUCACACAGAAUCAGAGCCAAACAACAGUGAGGGCUGCACACUCACCACCAUUCGCCCUGGGCACUCAUUCCAGAAGUAACAAGAAUUCCCUCUCAGUGGGAAAAUAAACGCAUUUUUCAUUCUUAUAAGGGACACUCUAAUGACUGUGAACACUACGAAUUUUAAUUCAUAUGCAUUUACUGAGCACUUACUGUAUGCCAGGUGCACUCAAGGCCUGCUGCUAAGUGGGAAGCUGGGUUCAGAGGCACAUGGAACAGCUCGCCCGCUGGAUGCCCUGGGAAGAGCACCCUCUUCUGAGCCCCUGAUGCUUGUUAAGAGCUGCUUCUACUUCUCAGUUACUUCUCAAGUUUUGAUUCUUUCAAGAAGUCACAUUUGUGAAUUUUUCACAUCUUGUGAGGAUGAAAUAAAAGCAAAAUGUCAACUCUGCCAUCUCAAAAA